UAAUUCGUUAGCAGGUGAACAAAACAAUUAAAACAAACACACACCGCCUCUUAUUACACACAAAAAGGAAACAACGACUACUUUUUACUUCUCUUUAUUUAACGACCAAACGCAUUUCCCGGGAAAAUUCCAACUAACUCACGAGCACCAUACAGUUAUAGAACACCCUUCUCCUCACUUCACCACUUCUAUCGUCCACAUUCAUCACGCCACGUCAUCCAAAUACCAACUCUCACGCCCAAAGGCACGUGAAAAUUUGGAUUAGUUCCUCUAUUAUUAUUUUUUUGCCAGAUUAGUCUUCGAAAGAAUUUGUAUUAUGAUAUGUAGGACUCUGUCAGCAGUAUAAUAUAUAUCUAUAAAUAUAUAUAAUAUAUACGUAUACGUAAUGUGUUUAAGAAGAUAAGAAAGAGUUUAAGUAAUAUAAUAUGUGGGUUUGAAGUUGAAUAUCUCAUUCCGGCAUUGGAGGAGCCACUGCCACCGGUACUACCUUAGACACCAUGUUCAUCUUGGUGAUUCUGCUAAGCCUAGCAUGGACAAUGCAAGUGAUCAAGAACACACUGCAAGUAACAAUCUCUCAUGUCAAAUACAUGCAUUUCUCGUGUGGGGCGGAUCUUGACACGAGCAUGGCUCUCCAUGACACGUUUAAGCACUCAAUUGGGAGCAUCUGCAUUGGCUCAGUACUCGUACCGGUCCUUGGGGUCAUCCAUGGUUCAGCCCAGGCCACAAGUCUGAUUUCAGGGGAUGCAGAUGAGUUCAUGUUCUCAUGUACUAAUUGCUACUCAGGAGUUGCUUCAAGACUGAUAACAUAUGGGAAUAGGUGGGGUUUUGUCCAUCUAGGGGUUUACAAAAAAGGGUUUGUGCAGGCAUCGAUUGAUACUUGGGAGACGUUCAAAAGAGCUGGGUUGGAACCAUUGAUAGACUCAGACCUCACCAGUUCAUUCUGCUUCCUGUGUGGAGUGGCAGGUGGUGCAAUAUGUACACUAGUGGGUGGUUCAUGGGCACUAGUGGUUUAUAAGGGAUAUGCAACGGAAGUGUCAAUUUAUGCAUUCUUAAUAGGCUAUUUCAUGUGCCGGGUCGCCAUGGCAUGGCCACAAGCUUGUGUUUCAGCUUACUAUGUGGCUUAUGCAGAGAACCCACAGAGCGUUCAGUUUGAUCAGACUAUACCAGCACGCAUUCAAGUGCUACUGAGAUCUCAAGCUUAGCCGUCGUUGGCAGCUGACUCAACCCAGCUCUAGCAGAAGCAGCAACCUCCCACUUACCAGAGAUACAUACUACAUUCAUUUUUAGCUACAAUAUGAACACAGACAAACUAUACAAUGAUGAAAAAAAACAAGGACAGAGAGAAUAGGAAGCUGUAAAAUUUCUGUAAUUAGUUCCCUGAAUAGCAUCGUGUUUGAAUUUCUGUAAAUCUGAUGGAAUUCUUUGUAUCAAGGAUUCAAAGUUGAUUAAUAUUAAAAGUUGCUUGUAUUAGCAAACUAUUUCAGUA